AUGGAUUUCCAUGUGAUCAAGCAGCGGGGAGGCUCCAGGGUGCUGCUGGGGCUGCUUCCCCUGGCGCUGCUGGCGGGGCUGGCGGGUGCCCAGCGAGCCUGCCCCAAGAGCUGCCGCUGCGACGGCAAGAUCGUGUACUGCGAGUCGCACGCCUUCCGAGACAUCCCGCACAACAUCUCCGGCGGCUCCCAGGGCUUGUCCCUGCGCUACAACAGCAUCCAGAAGCUGAAAUCCCACCAGUUCGCGGGCCUCAAUCAGCUCAUCUGGCUCUACCUUGACCACAACUACAUCAGCUCCGUGGACGAGGAUGCCUUCCAGGGGAUCCGCCGGCUGAAGGAGCUGAUCCUGAGCUCCAACAAAAUCACCCACCUGCACAACAAGACCUUCCACCCCGUGCCCAACCUCCGCAACCUGGACCUGUCCUACAACAAGCUGCAGGUGCUGCAGGCGGAGCAGUUCAAGGGCCUCCGCAAGCUCCUGAUCCUGCACCUGAGGUCCAACUCGCUGAAGACAGUGCCCAUCCGCGUUUUCCAGGACUGCCGCAACCUCGACUUCCUGGAUUUGGGCUACAACCGCCUGCGGAGCUUGUCCCGCAACGCCUUCGCCGGCCUCUUGAAGCUGACGGAGCUCCACUUGGAGCACAACCAGUUUUCUAAGAUCAAUUUUGCCCACUUCCCGCGGCUCUUCAACCUCCGCUCCAUUUACUUGCAGUGGAAUAGGAUCCGCUCCAUCAGCCAGGGGUUGACGUGGACCUGGAGUUCCUUGCACAACUUGGAUUUAUCGGGCAAUGACAUCGCGGGGGUAGAGCCCGGCACCUUCCAGUGCCUGCCCAACCUGCAGAAGCUGAACCUGGAUUCCAACAAACUCACCAACAUCUCUCAGGAGACCAUCAACACGUGGAUCUCGCUCAUCUCCAUCACUCUGUCCGGGAAUAUGUGGGAAUGUACUCGAAGCAUUUGCCCCCUGUUUAAUUGGCUUAAGAAUUUCAAGGGAAAUAAGGAGACCACCAUGAUCUGCGCAGGCCCCAAACACAUCCAGGGCGAGAAGGUGAGCGACGCUGUGGAAACCUAUAAUAUCUGUGCCGAAAUCCAGGUGGUGCCUACUGAAAGGUCCUACCAGGCUCCCAAAACCCCCCAGAGACCCGUGUUCAUCCCCAAACCCACCGUCUCCAAACUGGAAAGCCACCAGCCGACAUCUGCGACGCCGAGCCCUUCCGCAGACAUCCCAACGCCCGCGGUGGAGCCGGAGUACGAGCACGUGUCCUUCCACAAGAUCAUCGCGGGGAGCGUGGCCCUCUUUCUCUCCGUGGCCAUGAUCCUGCUGGUCAUCUACGUGUCCUGGAAGCGUUACCCCGCCAGCAUGAAGCAGCUCCAGCAGCACACGCUCAUGAAGAGGCGCAGGAAAAAGGCCCGGGAGUCAGAGAGGCAAAUGAACUCCCCUUUGCAGGAAUAUUACGUGGACUACAAGCCAACAAACUCUGAGACCAUGGAUGUAUCUGUUAAUGGAUCUGGGCCCUGCACCUACACCAUCUCUGGCUCCAGGGAAUGCGAGGUCCCUCACCACAUGAAGACUUUACCCUACUACAGCUACGACCAGCCCAUGAUCGGCUACUGCCAGGCCCACAAGCCCCUCCACGUCAACAAGGGCUACGAGACGGUGUCCCGGGAGCCAGCGGAGACCUCCAACCUGGACCUGGGCCGGGACCACAGCUUCAUCGCCACCAUCGCGCGCUCCGCCGCGCCCGCCAUCUACAUCGAGAGAAUACCCAACUAA